AUGCACCAAUACUACCUCCUUGCUCUCCUUCCAGCUGCCCUGGGUUGCCUGAACGCCGACACGAACGCGUGUGCCAGCUACAUCAAGUCCAACGCCGCCGCCUCGACCUUCUGCGCCACCUUCACCAAGAGCACCAUCACUGCCACCACUGCUCUUCCCACCUGGGCUACCAACUGCUCAAAGAAGCCAAGUCUCAUCUCUUCUGAAUGUUCUUGCGCCUAUAGCAGUGCUGGUGGUAGCGCCCCGACUACCACAUUGAAGACUACUACAGUCGCAGGAGGCCCAGCGCCCACCGGAGUUACCACCACUCUUCCACAGUCGGCUGGGGCUACUUCUACCAGCGCGGCAAUCACUGUCUCAGCUGGACAGUCUUACGAUGGUGGCAUGAAGAAGUUUGACCGAAGCCCCAGAGUUUGCGCCGAGCAGAAAGAGACUGGUGAAGCUGAUGCCAUGUUCGUUCUUGAAGCUGGUGCCACUCUCUCCAACGUCAUCAUUGGCCCUGAUCAGGCAGAAGGUGUUCAUUGCAAGGGUACCUGUAACAACGUCUGGUGGGCAGAUGUCUGCGAGGAUGCUCUCACACUAGAGCAACCUAGCGGAACUUCUUACGUCAUCGGCGGCGGUGCCUUCAAGGCCGCGGAUAAGAUUAUCCAAUUCAACGGCUUCGGAACGGUGUCGGUGGAGAACUUCUAUGCCAAUGAUGGCAACGGAGGCGCACGCAACAUCAUUCUGAAGAAUGUGAUUGCCAAGGACGGGGGAGUCCUCUGCGGAAUCAACACUAAUUACGGCGACACCUGCAAGGUCACCAGCUCAUGCCAAGAUGACAACAAGAUUUGCGAUCGGUACAAGGGAAAUAACAACGGCGAUGAGCCCCCCAAGAUUGGCAGUGGCCCUGACGGCACUUACUGCGUUGCAACCAGCGUCACUUCUGCUUGUUAA